AUAAAAUAUGCAAAUGUAAAUUAGAAGAAUUUCACAAUUUGCUCGUGCAAAAUUCUUCCCUGCUCCAUUGUUCAGCAACAGGCACUUGGCUGCAACUGACGUUUUUCUGGUGGGUGGAUGCUUUGGAAAACCAUGUGUUGUAGAGAGGGUUAAGGUGUGGUGGAGGAAACACCUGUGCUCAGAGGCAGCUCUGGAAGUGGGUGGUGGAGGAGCAUUGGGACACCUAUACCCAGCACAUCAGGCUGGGGUUUGCUCCACAGUCGGCAGCAUGAGAGAUCAGAUAGACCUGCUGGCCACAGUCACAGUUCUGGGGGUCCUGGAGCAAGCCUAUUUUGCAAUGCAGGUGAUCUAUGCCCGUCGGAAGUACAAGAUUUCCCCUCCUGAAACAACAGGUCACCCUGAAUUUGAGCGGACCUUCAGAGCCCAGGCAAACUGCUCAGAGUACUUCCCAAUCUUCAUUUCACUCCUCUGGGUUGCUGGAAUUUUCUUCCAUCAAGGUGUGACUGCAGUGUGUGGGCUCCUGUACCUCUACACCCGCCUCAAGUACUUCCAGGGCUACGCCGUGGCUGCGCAGGGACGGUUGGGACCACUGUAUGCCAGUGCCUGGCUGCUCUGGAUGCUGAUGGGGCUGGCUCUGGCUGGGCUCCUGGCACACUUCCUGUGGCCCAGCUCCUCCACAGGGAUGGCAGCACUGCUGUGGCCUCUCCAGCUCCGUGGUGCCCACUGAGAGGAGCCACGGCUCUCCCAAAGCUCUCUGUUUACCCCAGAACAGGGGAGCCGGGCAUGUGGCACCAUCAGAGGGAGAGUAUUUCCCUGGCUCUGCAUUCCUCGCUGAAGGGAGGUGGAUGCUGGCACUCCUCUGCUCUUUAGAGAUAAUUUCCCUUCUAGAAAGCAAAUGCUUUCCAGCCCCUGCCCCCGCUGAGGAGGUUCACUGCUUUAGAGCACUGUCUGCUUUAAAAUGCCUCUGGCUCUGCCUCGUGGAGCACACACUGACCCACAUGCUGUUGUCUCUCCUCCUUACUGCUGUAAUGAUCUGUGUUGAAGAAUCACACCAUGGAUAUACAAA